AAUAAGGCAUUCGUAUUCCCAACCCCCUGUAACCCCAAACAAACGUGGCCAGGUGACUUGAUUCCCUCACCUUCGUCCCCACUUCUAUUUUUCGCCUUCUUUACUUCCCACCAUAGUCUCUUCUACUUUUCUGCUUCACUAAUAUACCCUCCACACAGCUCACAACAGCCCUCUCUCCUUUCACCCCAUUUCACUUCAUACCCUUCCCAUCAUCAACUUCAAUUAGCCCGAUCGAGCCUCACAAAAACAUACCCACACACAAACGUAUAUACACACACUUAUAGAGAGAGAGAGAGAGAGAGAGAGAGAUGUCGGACUGGGGCCCGGUGUUCGUGGCGGUGGUGCUCUUCGUCCUGCUAUCGCCGGGGCUGCUGUUUCAAGUCCCGGGGCGGAGCAGAUCCGUUGAAUUCGGCAACUUCCACACCAGUGGUGCGUCCAUACUCAUCCACACCCUGCUCUACUUCGCUCUCAUCUGUAUCUUCUUGCUGGCUGUUAAAGUUCAUAUGUACUUUGGUUAGAACAUUUGGUUUGUUUGGUUCCGAAUUUCGAUUUGCAUGCGUUGUUGAAUUAUGCCCCUAAGGUGUUUGUUAAAUUGUCCAAGUCAAUCUUUGAUGUCUAUGGCAUUGUAUUUUGUUGCUUUUGAUAUG